AUGAACCGGAGUUUCCACAAGUCUCAGACCCUGCGCUUCUACGACUGCAGUGCGGUGGAAGUCAAGAGCAAGUUUGGGGCUGAGUUCCGAAGGUUCUCCUUAGACCGCCAGAAGCCUGGGAAGUUUGAGGAUUUCUACCAGCUGGUGGUGCACACCCACCACAUCGCCAACACCGAGGUGACCAUCGGCUACGCGGAUGUGCACGGCGACCUGCUGCCCAUCAACAACGAUGACAACUUCUGCAAGGCGGUGUCGAGCGCGAACCCCCUGCUCAGGGUCUUCAUCCAGAAACGAGAGGAGGCCGAGCACGGCGGCGGCCUGGCGACCGGCUCGCUCUCGCGGCGCAAGAAGGCGCUGGCGCUGCGCGAGGAGGGGCCCCGCCGGCGCGCGCACCUGCACAUCGGGCUCCCGCACGACUUCCGCCCCGUGUCCUCCAUCAUCGACGUGGACAUCCUGCCCGAGACGCACCGGCGCGUGCGGCUGUACCGGCACGGCUGCCAGAAGCCGCUGGGCUUCUACAUCCGCGACGGCGUGAGCGUGCGGGUGGCGCCGCAGGGGCUGGAGAAGGUGCCGGGCAUCUUCAUCUCGCGCAUGGUGCCGGGCGGCCUGGCCGAGAGCACCGGGCUGCUGGCCGUGGACGACGAGGUGCUGGAGGUGAACGGCAUCGAGGUGGCGGGCAAGACGCUGGACCAGGUCACGGACAUGAUGAUCGCCAACAGCCACAACCUCAUCGUCACGGUCAAGCCGGCCAACCAGCGCAACAACGUGCUGCGCGGCGGCCGCGCGGCCUCCGGCAGCUCGGGCCGCUCCUCGGACAGCGCGGCCAGCAGCCGCCACAGCCUGCAGGCGCCCGCGCCGCCCGGCCUGCCCGCCGCCGCCGCCGACGACAUGGAGAGCGACGAGGAGCCCGACGUGGUGCUGGAGGGCGACCUGGAGCCCCGGGCGGCCCCGCGGCUACCGCCUCCCGGCGGCGGCGGCGGCGGCCUCACCCGGCUCAACGGUUCGGGCCCGGCGUCCGGACUGCACGGCGGCGGCGCCCAGAGCCGCGAGAGCAGCCUCCAGAGGCUCAUCAGCUCCCUGCGGUCCGACCCCCGCCACAGCCUGGCGCUGCCCCCUGGCGGCGUGGAGGAGCACGGCCCGGCCGUCACCCUCUAG